GCCUAUGCGAAGUCCAUGGUCAAGAUGUCUAAGAUGGCUGGAAACAGCACCCAGGUGGGGACUUUUGCCCCCCUGUGGGAGGUCUUCCGCAUCUCGUCCGACAAGCUGGCCCUGUGUCACGCGGAGCUUGUGAAGAAGCUGCAGGAUUUGAUCAAGGAGAUUGGGCGCUAUGGAGAUGAGCAGAUACGGGUGCACAAGAAGCCAGAAGGAAAGGACGAAGUGGCGGGGACCCUGGAAGCUGUCCAGGUCCUGCAAGGAGCCGCUCAGCACCUCCCUAAGGCCAAGGAGAACUACCACAGCCGAUGCCAGGAGCUGGAACGUCUGCGUAGGGAAGGGGCAAGCCAGAAGGAGAUUGAUAAGGCCGAAUCGAAGUCCCGUAAGGCGGUCGAAGCCCUCCGGCGCGCUGUGGAGAAGUACAACCUGGCCCGCGAUGAUUUUGAGCAGAAGAUGCUGGACUCCGCUAUGCGCUUCCAAGAAGUGGAAGAUUCUCACUUGUGCCAUAUGAAGGCCCUGAUCAGCUCCUUUGUGCACUCUGUGGAGGAUACCCAUGUCCAGAUCGGGCAGGUCCAUGAGGAGUUCAAACAGAACAUGGAGAAUAUCGGGGUGGAGACAUUGCUGCGAAACUUUGCGGAGAGCAAAGGAACUGGCCGUCAUCCACCAGGGCCACUGAAUUUUGAGGAGCUGAGCAUGACCCCAGCUCAGGAAGGACCAAAGCGAACUCGCAGCAAAGCCUUCCGCAUCCCUGGCUUGGGCCGCAAAGACCGCGAACGGGAUUCUGUGGAAUCUCCAGAUGCGGAUUCAGUGCAGCCGCCCGAAGUGGACGAAGAGGGGUUUACGGUCCGUCCUGAAACAAACCAGAAUGCACGCGAGCACGGGAACCACUUCUGCUCGUCCAGUGACUCAGAUUACGACGACGAGGAGCCGCACAAGUUCUACAUCCGCAUCAAACCUGUGCAGCCCCGGGAGAGAACCAACAGUGCGGCCGCCUCUGCUGCGGUGGAACAGCUCAAGGCCUCUGUCGGCAACCUCAUACUGCCGCCAAGCGUGGGGUGCACCAUGAAGAGGCAUUCAUCUAGGCACUUGAAAUCUCUCGCCUCUGCAGCUGUGGAAACUGAUUCUGACACGGCCCCGGCUCCAGGUAACAAAUUGGGGAAAUCACAGACCCCCCGCCUUGCCAACCGGACAAACAGUUGUGACGACAAAGUUCCUGAACCUGAUGCUCUGCCCGUCAGUGCACUGUUUGGACCUCCGCUGGAAUCUGCUUUUGAAAAUGAAGAUUUCUCAGCUCCCCGAGCGUACCUUCUGGCUUCUAGCCCAUCCCCCUUUUCCUCCUCGUCUCCCGAGAACGUGGAAGACUCCGGAUUGGACUCGCCGUCGCACCCAGCCACUGGGCCCUCCCCGGAUUCCCGUCUGUGGAGCCCGCGACCCUGCACCCCCCAGAGCCCUCUCGGCAAACGGUCUUCGAAGAGCUCCUUGAGUCUUCGCGGCAGCCGCCGUGGCCUGCUGGCGGAGGACGGACCCAACCCCUGGCUGCCCCAACCCGCCUCCCAGGAUCUCCCCUGCUUCGCGUCAGAUCCCGACUGGGCAGAUUCCGUAUCUUCAUGGCCCGUGGUGGCCCACAGCAAUUCCACCUGCCAGCGGGAAGCGUCCUCCCCCGACCCGUUCUCCUUGGAGGGUGCCGUCGGCAACCGGCGGCCCUGGCCAAUCAGGCCUCGCAGCCCGGCCUCGGGACCCUGCACCCCCCAGAGCCCUCUCGGCAAACGGUCUUCGAAGAGCUCCUUGAGUCUUCGCGGCAGCCGCCGUGGCCUGCUGGCUGAGGACGGACCCAACCCCUGGCUGCCCCAACCCACCUCCCAGGAUCUCCCCUGCUUCGCGUCAGAUCCCGACUGGGCAGAUUCCGUAUCUUCAUGGCCCGUGGUGGCCCACAGCAAUUCCACCUGCCAGCGGGAAGCGUCCUCCCCUGACCCGUUCUCCUUGGAGGGUGCCGUCGGCAACCGGCGGCCCUGGCCAAUCAGGCCUCGCAGCCCGGCCUCGGACUGCCCCCCACGGGCCUGCGAGCGUGACAGCUGCCUGUCGUCCAAUUCGGCCUCCUCAUCGUCCUCCUCCCCAGCGCCCCCCAGCAGCGGUGACUCCACCAGCCCCUCCCCGUGGGCCCCACGGUGCCGAGACUCAGAAAGUGGGACACCAGGUAUCCCUGAAGUGUCGUCUGAACCGAGAAUCUCCCGUGGUCCCUCUCCUGUGGUCCUGGGUUCUCAGGAUGCAUUGCCUGUGGCGACGGCCUUCACGGAAUAUAUCCAUGCUUACUUUAAAGGUCAAAACCCGGACAGCUGUCUCGUCAAAGUCACUGGCGAACUCACCAUGUCCUUCCCGGCGGGGAUCGUCCGAGUCUUCAGCGGUUCCUCGGCACCCCCUGUCCUGAGUUUCCGUCUCCUCCACACUGCCCCCAUCGAACAGUUCCUGCCCAAUGCUGAUCUCCUCUUUAGUGACCCAUCGCAAAGUGACCCCAGCAGCAAGGACUUCUGGCUCAACAUGGGGGCCCUCACUGCGCACCUCCAGAAGCAGGCAGAGCAAGUGACCGCUGCCCCCUACUUCAACGUGCCCCUACUCAGAUACCAGUAUUCCAAGCAGGGCCUGGCUUGGGCUCCCCUGCAGCUGACAGUGAACUGGGAGUGUGCCUCAGAUACCACCCGCGUGUGCGUGGAUUACAACUACAACGCGUCUGCCCUGGCUUCGGCAGUGGCGCUCACCAAUGUGCAAGUCCUGCUGCCCAUUGAAGAGCCAGUUGCCAACGUCCGGCUGCAGCCAACGGCCUGUUGGAACCUGGAAGAGAAACGCUUGCUUUGGCGGCUGCUGGAUGUUCCUGGCGCCGAAGGCCUUGGAGGUUGCGGCCGCCUUUUGGCCAGCUGGGAGCCCUUGAACGGUCCCUCCAAGCCAAGCCCGGUGGCCGCUCAGUUUACCAGCGAGGGCAGCACGGUCUCGGGUGCGGACGUGGAGCUGGUUGGCAGUGGCUACCGGAUGUCGCUGGUCAAGAAGAGGUUUGCCACAGGAAUUUACCUCGCUGGUUCAUGAGCGCCCUUCUCUGUCGGUAGCUGCUUUUAAAGAUGUGUGCCGGAAGAUGGGAAGAAAGAAUAUAUUGUGUUUUAAAUUAUUAUUUUGUUCUGUCGCCUGGAUUUUAAACACUGGAACGAGAGCGAGGGUGGCCGUCUGAGGCGCCCGGCAGCUCCCCACCCCCACCCUGGGCAAGGGGGAGGCGGGCACUUUGAAUGUUGGGGAACCCUCGCGAGGCUAAGGGGGAGGGCAGGCUCUGAAUUGCACUUCAGGAGAACAUUCCCUGGUUUUUAAUCCCCUCCCGUUUUAUUUUGACGCUCAUUGCUUGUCUC